CCCGUCAUCACCACCGUUGAGACGCCCACAUUUAAGUAGCCGAUCCUGCAAUUUCCACCGCCUCUUCUCUGCACGUCGUCACUCUUCCCCUCCGCCUAAGAUCCUAAACCUAACCAGCGGCCUCUCCUCUCCCCUUCCGAGCUCGCCCGCCAAUGGCAACCAUCCUUUCCGCUCCCACUCCAUCUUCCCCAAGUCCCUCGCCGCCGCCCCCUUGCUCCGCUCCAUCUCCGCCUUCCCUUUCCUCUCCCAGGAGCCCCAGCUACAGGAACCACCGCCUCCGACUCUCCCACAGCUGCCCCGCUCCCCUCAACCCCGCCACUGGGAGCCCCUUCUACCAAGAGAACUGGCGGAACCUGACGCCCGCACCCGGUGUCGGUCCUUUCGUCGGCGGCCGGUCGCUCGUCCCCAUGGGACUCCCCGCGACAGCCCGGACGAUGGCCUUCUCCAAGACCCUCGAUGUAUUCAGCCUCAUGAACGUCUUCGCUGACUGGAUGACGUCGCAGCGCUGGUCCGAUCUCAAGCAGCUGUUCGAGUUCUAGAUCCGCUUACCGGACGCCUCCGGCGUGCCCAAUAAGCCCGACGUUCAUCUCUUCAAUCACUACCUCAGGGCUAAUCUGAUGAUGUGGAGCCUUUGCAUCUGGUGCCUCAGAUGCAGGAGUACCAGAUUGCGCCCAACACGGCAUCAUAUAACUUGGUGCUGAAGGCUAUGUUUCAGGCGCGGGAGAGUGAGGAAGCGGAGAAGUUGGUUGACCGACAACAGAUCAAAACAAAGCCCUAUGCCCAAGCUGGAAUUUGUGUAACUAUAUUGCAGAUGUUGCUUUGCAAGCAGAUCAUAUCAAAUUGGUUUAUUUCUCCUUGGAAUAUCUGGCUCGAUGGAUUGCUUGUGGUGAAAACGCUAGACCACCAUUUCUUCUUUCAGCAGAGGAAGGCUUAGUUGUCUCAGCAGUUGGCACUGCAGGUGUACAUUCAGUUGGAGAAUUUGAGCCGUGCACACCCCCUUUACAAGUCUGUUGCUGCUCUCAACUGUGUGAUCUUAGGUUGUGCAAGCAUAUGGGAUCUUGAUCUAGCAUAUGAGACUUUUGAGGCCAUCAGUGAAAAGAUCGGAAUGACACCUGAUGUUCAUUCUUAUAAUGCUUUGAUGUGUGUGUUUGGAAAGCUUAGAAAGACCACUGAAGCUUGCAAAGUGUUUGAGCAUUUAGUGAGGUUGGGCGUGAAACCAAAUGCAACAACAUAUUCAGUGCUUGUUGAUGCUCAUCUUGUCAUUCGAGAUUCAAAAACUGUUCUGUCAGUAAUCGAUGAUAUGGUCGAGGCAGGUUUUACUCCAAAGGAAACACGAAAAAAGGUCCAAAGAUGCUGUUCACAAGAAUUAGAUUUUGAUAGUGAUGAAAGGGUACAAUCUCUUGCUCAAAGAUUCAAGUAUAAAAUGGGUGGUGAAUUACGUCGAGAGAUGCUUUAUAAUCUGGAGCACAGCAGUAUGAGGUUUCUUGCUGGACAGGUUUCUUGGCUGGUUGAGGAAAAGAGCAGCAUCUUGUUACAUUGCUUUCAGUUGGAUGGGUGUCUAUUCUGCCUCAGUAAAGGGGCUCAGUUGGUGCUGGUGGAUCACAAUGAGCUGCGUUCUUUCUUCUCUAUUGCAGUUCAAUUGGGAGAGCCCAAUUCCGACUACAACUGGGUGUACACAAGCCCAAAAAGAAAAGGUAUUCUAACUUAUCACAAACUUAAUUUGGGUUUUUAUUUUCUAUGCAUUGCCAUUCUAAACUUGGUUAAUGGUUAUUUUAAUUCGAUAUAAGUGAAUUAGGCAGGCAUAGAUUCAACUUCUUGACCUCAGAAGUACUUAUCUAUUUAGUUCUUCCAUUAAAAAGUAUGGGGUUAUUAAUUGUUAUUUCAUUUGAUGCCGAGUAAUUAACAGACAUAUUAAUUGAGAACAACAUUAUUGUAGUUUUUAAUUUCAUCACCAAAUGUAGUACAUAAAUUAUCGGAUUUGGGCCUGUUUAUGUAACUGGUCAAAUGGGAGCUCCAAUGACCCGAACUCCUCAUUUGGAAAUGAAUCGAGUCCUGACAACUGGUCAACCUUUGAGGAUCUAAUUUCUCAUGAUUGACUGCUGACAGCUGCCACCCCCAUGAAAAUGAAUCGAGUCCACUGUGUUGCUUUUGGAACAUUAAUUUAAGGUGUCGAGCUGUAAUUCUUUUCUGAAAGGGAAAAGAAUGUGCAAUCUCCAGUUUACUUGGAGUGUCCUUUUACUCAUUCCACCACAAGCGGUCUCCCUGACGCACAUACUUCGCUGUCUCAAUGGUAAGUGACUCAUUCCCUUUUCGAACAUUAAAUUACAUAUGCCAAGUGAUCUUGUGGCAUCUCUCUCCUGUCUCCAUAGUACACGAAAAGACAAGGAUCUCUUGAGGUAACCCAGGAACAUUCCAACGAGGGGAUAUUGACGGGAACAGCGCCAGUCAGAGGAGCGUGACGUGAUACGAACUACAUGCUUCCACUGGCUGCACAAUUCAUGGGGACGCAGUGCUUCCUCUUGUCAGCAGCUGCAUGGCAACAGUUCUUGGCCACCACAGCAACCUUGAAACUGGCAUUCGGAUAUGGUUAUGGGUUUGAGGUUUGUUUUCUUAUGCUCUCCUUAACAGGACGCAGCUUUUUAUGUUGAUGUGCCUCUCUUGCUUUGGGACUCUUGGGACGCAAGGACUAGUAAUGUUGGACCAAAGUGUUUUGGGGAUUCGCUGAAUCCCACCAACCAAUGAGAAAAAAAAGUGUAUGCAUAUCAGUUUGCAAGUGUUUUGUUUCA